AUGGCCACCUAUUUACAAAGGGCUGCCGUUUCAUAUGUGAGGAAUAACGCGCGGCUUGCGUCCCACUCUGCGACAGCUGGAGGCCAUGGGGGUGGUUGGAAGUUCUGGAGGGGUAUCUCCUUCUUUGUGGGCUUCCCAGCGGUGGGCCUAGGAAUGCUGAACGUCUACCUCGCUCACCAGGAGGAACAUCACGAACGCCCUCCCUUCGUCGCAUAUGAAUACAUGCGUAUUCGCACUAAGCGAUUCCCAUGGGGUGAUGGCCAGAAAUCCCUCUUCCACAACCCCCAUGUCAACGCCCUGCCAUCUGGAUAUGAAGAUGAACAUUAA